CUUUGAAAAGCAAGAUUCCACUCACCACAUUAGCAUUUUUUGUUGCAAUUCCAUCAUAUAUAUACAUACAUUUUAAUUAACACCACAAAAGUUUUUCCUCUAGAGAACUUAACUUAAUUUUUAUCAUCUAAAUCUUCUGAAUGGAAGUUGAAGCUAAUAGAAGAGGAAGCAAAAUUUCUUCUUAUGAGAGAGUUGCAGCUAUUAGCUUAGUAGUUCUAGCAGUUGCUUCUCCUCUUUACAUAGACCACAAAUCAGAGAGUGAGUUGGAAGAUGAUGAGCAACCAAUUAGUGUUGUUUUUUGGUUACCUAUGUUGCUUUUUGUAUUGGUUUUAGUCAUAGGUAUAUCAGCUUUUUUGGAUAAGAGCUUCACAAGGUUUGAUCGUAAUUGGAUUCAUAGAGUUGGUGGUUCUUCUGGUGGUAUUGUUAUGAUUCUUAUUGUUCUUUUUCUUGUUUUGAAGUGUAAAGCAUCUUUGUAAGAAUGUUCAAGGUGUGUUGUAAAUUGUAAUAGUAUAAGAUACCAUGAAGUUGUUUUUCUGUUACUUGUGAACAAAAUACUAGAGCAUGUUAAUCCUCUUAUUU